CAUAUUUAUUUAUGACAGUAUAUUACUUAGGGUGCUAUAUGUUAUGUAAACUGAAGGCUUGCUGGAGUGGAGAUCGACAAAGUUUUAUGAAACGAAACUGAAACUAUCAACUAUGAAACUGAAUUAUUUUGUGGUUUAGUAUCCUACGACGAUAUGCUGCAGUCAUUCAAGUAUUUAUUCAGCUGUAACCUGGUGCUGUCACGCUCCCUCUCUGGAUAUGUUUCUCGAAUGAGGUACCUCAUGAGAUUAAAGGAGGACGAUGAAGCAUGUCGAGAAGCACUGAAGUCUGGGAAGGUUCUACUGUAUCAUAAGCUUUCUCCUCUACUGCGAAAGACUAGCAGUGGCUACAAAUUGGCUUCUCUAAAAACCUCAGAUUUGGAACAAAUAUUGGAAAAGGUUGGAAAGGACAAACACAUUGUUAAUGAAUCUUUUCUUCUUGGAUGCACUGAUAAGGAUGAACCACAGUUCUCACUGGACGUAGGUGAUUUAGACCGCAGUGCAUUGGAGCAGGAGUGUAGAGGUAUGUUUGUGGACCUCAGGAAAGCUUUCUUCAUGAUACCUGGACCAGAGUCUCCUCUUGCAGCCAAAGGACAAGCUCUCCUUCGAUGGCACCAGACCAAUUGCUUUUGCAGUGCCACUGGGCAGCCUACCGUCAGGAACCAAUCAGGAAGUUUCAGAGUUUGUCACAGCAGUGGCAUCACCUACUACCCCAAAAUGGCACCUGUUGUGAUCGUGCUGGUGUCUGAUGGGAGCAGAUGUCUGCUGGCGCGCCAGGCCAUGUUUCCUCCAGGCAUGUACAGCGCGCUCUCUGGCUUCUGUGACAUGGGAGAGUCAGUGGAGGAGGCCCUGCACAGAGAGGUGGCAGAAGAGGUAGGUCUGGAGGUGGAGAACCUUCAGUACUCUGGAUCACAGCACUGGCCAUUCCCACAAAGCUCCUUUAUGUUAGCCUGCCACGCAACUGUAAACCCAGACAAGACACAGGUGAAUAUUGACAAGGCAGAACUUGAAGAUGCACGCUGGUUCACUUAUGAAGAAAUAACAGAAGCACUACAGAAUCUGCCACGUGACCCCAGAAGAGAGCCGCCUGUGUUCUGGGUCCCACCUUCUUACGCCAUAGCCAAUCAGCUCCUUCAGGAAUGGGCCAAUCAUCAGCAGCUAUCAAGAAAAUUACAUGGACUCAAAUAAUCAUGCAUCUGUAUGCAAUGCGUUACCACUAAUAUAGGAACUUAAAGAUCAAAUAGACACGAAACCUGAACAAUUUCCUGUGAUAACCAGAAUACACAUAAAGUGGACUACUUUUAAAGGGAUCUUCAAUAAUAUUCAAAGCAGCACUUUUUUAUUAUACUUAGAGUAUGCUUGGACUGGAAAAAUUUGUAUUAAUUAUAAAUAAGUGUUGUUGGAUUGCAUCAAGGAGUAUUUGAACGUACUGCUCUACCUCAAAUAGUAAUAAUCAAUCAGUACACUAUUGCAUUUGUUGAAGAAAACGUUUUAAUAAACACGUUUUUAAAAUAUUUUUUAUCAUUUUGAAUCAUCUUACAAUAAAAACAAUACCAAGAAACAGC